AUGGGUUUCCGCCACAACAAUAUCCUUUUCAACAACCAUUUCCACAAGGACUGGCAGCGCAGGGUCCGUGUCUGGUUUGAUCAGCCCGGCGCAAAGAAGAGCCGGCGCAAUGCCCGCUCUGCGAAGGCCGCUGCGCUCGGCAUGCGCCCCCUGCAGAGCAUGCGCCCCGCUGUGCGUGGCCAGACCCUCAAGUACAACACCAAGUUGCGCGAGGGCCGAGGCUUCACCAUCGGCGAGCUCAAGGCUGCCGGUGUCCCUAAGAAGUACGCCCGCUCGGUUGGUAUCCCUGUCGACCACCGCCGCAAGAACAGGAGCGAGGAAGGUAUGAAGCUCAACGUGGACCGUCUCAAGGCGUACCAGGAGCGUCUCAUUGUUCUUCCCCGCCGCUCCAAGAAGAACAAGAACCAGAAGCCGGAUCUUUCUUCUGUGCAGACCACUCGCGACGUUGCUACUGCUUUCCCUAUUCCGGCCGGCACCGUUUCGGAGGCCCCUCGCGCAAUCACCGCCGAGGAGAAGGAGUUCCAAGCUUACCGGACGCUGCGCAUUGCUCGCGCCACGCAACGCCACGAAGGCGCUCGUAUUGCCCGCCAGGCCAAGCGCGAGGAGGAGGCUGCGAAUGCCAAGAAGUAA